AUGAGACAUGGAAUUCCUAUACAAAUCGUCAACGACUGGCCUGGCAGCGAUGACAGAGGCGAUCGAAAAGUCCCCACGACCACCGUAUACAACGCCGACGGAAGCAUAUCAACAUGGGGCUUCAUGUGUGCCGAUGAUGACCAUGACUCAAGCAAAACCCGCCGCGAGUUCUUCAAGAUCUUCCUGGACCCAGACACCCUUGAGGCAGCACAACAACAGGGUCUGACCAACGUUCCUCGAAGCACUGUUGAGGCUCGGCGAUUCGUGACCGAUUACUUGAAGCUGGUAUAUGCGCACGUCAAAGACAGUAUAGAGAUCCGUAUGGGCAUAAAGCAUGUUGGUGGCUGGGGAACACUGGCCGUACUGUUCCUGUUCAGCGCACCAACGACUUGGACUAGUAUGGCCGUUGUCAACGCAUUCAAAGGCGCAAUCCACGAUGCUGGUUUCGGGACUGAAGGAUCCAGGCAUUCGGCACUAGUCGACCUCACAGAAUCUGAGGCUGCAGCUGUCGCGACUCUCAAGACGGGAGCUGUCGAUCUCAAGGCUAACAGCGUCUUUCUAACUGUCGACGCAGGUGGAGGUACCACUGAUCUGGCUCUGAUGCGAGUCGAGUCCACUGAUUUCAAUUUCCCACAGCUCUCGCAGGUUACUGCUGUCAGUGGUCUUGGCGUUGGCUCGACACUUAUAGACCGCGCAUUCGCCAGGCUUGUCUCGCAAAGAAUGGCUGCGAAUCCCGACUUCAGAUUGCCCACCGAUUUUGCGGCGCGCAUGGCCCGGAGUCCAGGAUUCAAGAGUGUCAAACACAAGUUUGGAGAAAAGGUGUAUAUGCAACCGGUAUACAAGAUUGUGAUGGAGGGGGUUGGAUUUGAUGUGAACCACAAAGGGCUUGGAGUUGAAGAAGGGCGUAUGCUGUUUACAAAGCAAGAUAUCCAAGCGCUGUUCGAUGUUCAUGUUGAAGCAAUCAUGCAGAGAAUCAAGCAGCGGCUUGGCUGGCUGAGGGAUGAGGGUCAUUUUGAACAAGUGGGAUACGUGAUUUUGUCGGGUGGUCUUGGUAGUUCGGCCUAUGUACGCGAGGCACUCCAAGAACACUUGACAAAGCUACAGCACCCCAACGCUCGAAACAUCAUCGUCAUACCUUCACAAGAUCCACAGCUCGUUGUCGCUCGCGGGGUUCUUGAGAAUAAGCGCCAGAGGAUGGAGUCGGGCAACAAGUCUGUUCUGAGCUCAUGGAUCGCUCGAGCAAGUUACGGCGUUAUCGUACAAGAGGUUUAUAUGCCUGCGCAGCACUUUGACGAAGAUAUCCGGCAAGAUCCGUGGAAUCCAGAUGUGAAGUGGGCAACCAAUCAGAUUCAGUGGUUGAUAAAAAAGGGAGAUACUGUGAAUCCUGACACCCCGAUAAAUAAGCUCUUCGAGAUCAGGCUGAAAGAUGGAGAUACAACACGAGCUUGGGAUGCAGAAAUCGUAGUAUCGAACAAUGAACCGCAAUGGCUCCCUCGGAGUCUUAAACAAGCUGGUGCGAUGAGGCUCUGUUCUGUAAAAAGUAACCUCGCCGGUAUUGAGCAACACCAACUUGUUCUCAAAGAGAAACGGGGAACUUGUUUUCGGCGUGGUCAUAAGUUCUACAUCUGCAGAUUUGACAUCCGAGUUAUUGUGGCCCCGGUCGACCUCAGGUUUGAGUUGUGGUUUAACAAGACAAAGUUCUCGGGGAAUCACCAGCCAGUCUCAGUCCAAUGGGAUGCGGCUGAGAAGUAG